UCCUCCAACUGUUUCUAUGCAUUCAUGCUUGAUUGCUCUUCUGAUGAUACUGAAUCUGUUUUGUUGAGACAAAUGGAUGUUUACGGCAAGAUAUGCAAUGUCAUCAGAGAGCUAGAUCGGAUUUUCAGGCUUUAUGCGUUCAUCAUGCUUGCCAUCAUUAUUCCGUCUGUGAUAUUCACAUUAAUGAUGCUAAACCAACAAAUUCAUGGUUUCAAAGAUUUGAUUAUAUGCUUGCCGUCAAUAGCUCUGUGCGUCUACAGUUUCUUGGCUAUUACGGUGGCUCCAGCGAGACUACAUGACGAGAAAAGAUGUAAGCUUUUCAAUAUACUUCUGCCUCAGGACUCACUAUAUCAACAACUUCACUUUCAGGUGUAUACAAUUGCACAAGUGCUCUCGUCGCAUAUGGAACAAUAUGACUUGGGAAUUUCCAUCUGGGGUUUCGCUAUACUAUCACGACCGCUCAUUCUUGCGGUAAUACUUAGCACUAAUUUCACUGUCUCGAUUUUAGCUGCCGAAACUUUGCAAGAGUUAAGAUUUUCCCUGGAAUGUUUUGGAAGUUUCAGCACUCGCCCAUCAUAG